AGAACAAGUCACUACUCUUGGUCACUGAGUUCUCUACCCGAUCCAAAUCCUCGAUCCAUAAACUCUUCUAUUUCCUGCCCACUACUGCCAUCUCCUGCACACUGAACACUCACACGCUGAACGACAACAGCAGCACCAACAACCUGCAACUCAAACAUUUCCUAUCUCAAAAUGAAUUUCUUCACGUACAUCCUCUCUUGUGCUCUCCUUACUCUGUCUGUCCUUGCACAAUCCUCAACAGACGCACCGAUCACCGAAAAUAACCCCACAAAAGCCACCUUCCAAGCUGUGCUACUGGAAAACAAACCCGUCCAAGGCCAAAUCACUGGAGUCUCCAACGACAACGGCACUGGUGUGGCCUUCAACAUCAAUUUCUUCGACUUCCCAGAUGCUUCUGCUGGCCCUUUCUCAUAUCACAUCCACGUCCUUCCGGUCCCUCAAGACGGAAAUUGCAGCGGUGCCGGCGGCCACUUGAGUCCCUACGGUCGCAACGAAACCCCUCCAUGUGAUGCCACUCAGCCAUCGACCUGCCAGCCCGGUGAUCUAAGCGGCAAGCACGGCACCAUUGCCGACACGGCCCGCGAGAAGAACUUCCAAGUGACUUAUCUCGACCUGUACCUAUCCACCGACCCUCAGUCUCUUGCGUUCUUUGGGAACAGAAGCGUCGUCAUCCAUGCUGCGAAUGGUACCAGACUGAAUUGUGCGAAUUUCAAGCAGCAAAUCGCCACGAAUGUCACCGGCAACGGAACACAAACGGCUGGAAGUACAAGCAGCUCAAUGCCGACGGCCACUGAAACUGGGGGCGCAGUUGAAGUGUUGGCUUCCGGCGUAGGGCUUGGCUUUGCUGCCGUCAUGGUUGCUGGUGUAGUGGGAAUGCUCUAAGCAAGAGACAUUCAUCGAGUUCAUUCCCAAGGAACGGGAUCAAGGUCUGAAGGCUGGAGGUAGAAAUUAGCUGGGACUAUUCCUUUACUUCUGCACACAUACAUCUCCGGAUUUGACUGUUCGACUCGGACACAAUAGACAUGAUGUCUUACGAGCUUUUAUCCCUCCCAGCAACUAGAUAGCCUCACCAGAG